AUGAUAGCUGGGUGUGUGAGCGAGUUGUGCCUGCUGGUGAGCGACUACGUGCAGCUAGUGGGCAACGCGCAGGCGCGCUACGGGCUGCGCUCCUCCAGCCAGCUGGCCGCCGUGCCGCCGCCGCCACCCCAGCCGGUCUUCCCUCCGACUAGAGGUCCUGAGUUAAAGAAAGCUGCCAUUCAGGCAGUUAUGCCAUUUGCCGAAAAGAAACCGUCGAUUGAAUUGAAAGCAGGGAUGCAAGAGAUAGUCCGCAUCACGUAUAUGCAGGACCCCCACCAUUUCUACGUGCGACGCGUGCGAGACGACGCGUUGCUCUCCGAAAUUGAGGAACAACUCCAUGAAAAUCUUGGACGGUUGACGCGCGAAGUUACUAUCUGUGUCGGAAAAAUAUAUGGGGUCACACAUGAGUACCCAUGGAAACGUGGGCGCCUCGAUAGAAUAGACAUAGACGAAGCAACGAGCCAGCCCAAGUACUGUGUCACCUUCGUCGACUUCGGAGUUACAGCCAGCGUCAGUGUUGACCGGUUGCGUGAAAUACCGGCGGCGUUGUCAGACCGCCCUGCGCUCGCGCUGCGUUGCCGGCUCGCUAACUGCGAACCCGACGGCGCCUGGCACCCCGACGACACCGCCCUAAUGCUUCGGAUUGUGGACAACUCGCCGGUGACACUGCACGUGCGCCGCUCGGACGCGUGCAGCGAGUGCGACGUGACGACGCACGCCGGCCUCAGCGUCGUGCACGUGCUGCGCUUCCACGCCCGGGUCGCGCUUAUAGACCCCUCGCUACCGUAUCCGGAGGUGGCAAGCGCAGCACCGCUGCGGAUGCAACCAGCGGAUACAACGCUUCGAAAAUCUAGCGGCGCCGACGUGAUCAUCACACACGUCGUGUCGCCAGACAAGUUCUACGUCAGAGAGACUCGCUUACAAGAGGAUUACGUGAAGCUUUGCGAGGAACUGAACAACACAUACGACGUUCGGGACGAGAGCGAUCUCAUUUUCUUGCCAAAGGAGGGUUCGGUGUGCGUGGCGCUAGUGGGCUCGGAGGCGGGCACGCUGUGGGCGCGCGCCCAGGUGCUGUCUGCGAGCGUGGCGUCCUCGGUGCGCGUGUGGCUGCCCGACACGGGGCGCGCGCUGGCCGUGGCGUGGCGCCGCCUGCGCGCCGUGCGGCCCCGCUUCACUGCGCUCCGAGCGCUGGCCAUCGAAAGCCACCUGGCGGGGAUAAGUCCAGUCGGCGGGCGCUGGCACGAGUCCGCCGGCGAGCUCCUCGCGCAGCGCUCCGGGCGCACCCUGCGGCUGCUCGCGCACGACUCGCGCCGCCGCAGCCUCGGCGCCGUGCUGCUCGACCUCACCGGCAACGUGUGCCUCAACCGGGAGCUGGUCACUAUACAGCUGGCUACCGCUGACGGGUCCAUUGACUUUGAAGCCCUCACUCCGGAAUACGAUUCUACUGAAAAAGAACCAAUCCCACAAUCACCCGUAAGUAGUGAAAACGCCACAUGCAAAAAUUAUGAAACAAUGGCAAGAAGUUAUCAGGAUGAGUUCCAACCCGGCUCAAAAGAAGCUCUCCGAUUAGAAGCGAAGAUUCUUCUCUGCGAGUCCCCAUCAUUGAUAUACAUCUCAUUGGUACACCAACAGAAAACAUUCAACGAGCUGUUUGAAGAUAUUCAGAAAUUCUACUCGAAGCGCAAAACUCCGCGCCGCGAAAGAUGGAAAGUGAACGAUAGAUGCUGCGCAUUUUGUAUGCAGUCACAGACAUGGCGUCGAGCUACCAUCAUCAAAACUGAAAAGGACCAAGUCAUCGUAUUCUUUACAGAUUUCGCUCAAACUGAGACUGUCUCGAUAUCGAACUUGAAAAAGUUGCAUACCGAUUUUGAAGUGAUAGGAGACGCGGCUAUAAAGUGUCAUCUAGCGGGGUUAGUGCCGGCGGACGGGGAGUGGCCCUCGCUCACUAAGGAGUUCCUGAAAGACAAACUGGAGGAGUACAAGCGCGUGUUCGUGACAAAAGUUGGCGAGUUCGAGGACAAGAGCAUGCCGAUACAGCUGUGGGUGUACCACACGGAGCUCGGCAGCGCGCUCGAGCCCAACGAGUCUGAGUGGCGCUGCCUCAACGCCGAGCUGGUGAGCCGCAGCCUAGCCAUCAACACUCGACAGAUUCAGGGCGCCACCUCUGGCCAAGACGACGAGCUGCGUUUCUUGAACGUGCGCGGCUCCGUGAAGGAGUGGCUGCUGCCGCCGCUGCCAGGCUCCACCAGCUCCGACGACGUCGCCGAGUGGCUGCCCGCCGAGCCGCUGCAAGCCGUCGAGUUCACCGCCUUGCCCACAUACAUAGACAACGAUGGCAUCAUCUACUUGCACGACGUCUCGCAGGAGGACGACUUGGAGUUUAUCCGUGACACGCUCGAAAUGGCGUUCAAAGAGGAGGACCCCAAGGCGCCGUACUGCUCGUGGCGCGUGGGGGAGCUUUGCGUGGCGCGAUAUUACCUCGACUCGAAGUUCUACCGCGGGACGGUGCUCGAGGUCAACCACGACCAGGCCAACUGCCUCGUUCAAUACGUCGACUACGGCAAUUCCGAGCUCUGCGCCUUUACCGACCUGAGGAAACGCGUUGCUCUACACCAGAUCCCCAUCCAAUCCCACAAGGUCUCGCUCGCUCGCAUCAAGCCCGUCGGUGAGCAGUGGGACCAAACCGUCCUCGACUACAUACACAAGGCCAUCGUCGAGAAGAAAUGCUUCGUCAAAGUGGCAGCCCCGCCCGUCAACGGCGUCACGCCCGUCGACCUCAAGUAUGACAAACUCUGGAUUAAUGACCACCUGGUCGAGUUCGACUUGGCUGAAUACAUUGACGGCUCCAAGCCUAUAGAACGCAAGUUUAAAAAGAAAUCUAAACAUGCUUCAAGUACAACAGAAAAAAACAAAAGAACUGACACUGAGCCGAAAAUUAUUGAAAUAAACAGUGGUUCCGAACCCGAUUAUAUUAUUGAGGAGGACAUAAACUCCUCGCAAACGUCAGGCUCGCCGGACUCCUUCAAAAUUAGCACGCUAGUCGAUCAAAACGGCAGUGCGAGCGAGCAAGGCAGCUCCAACUUAGUCUCGUAUCUGCGACACGAGGAUCGAGAAUUUAGCUGUAGCAUACCCGUGAUAAACGACACAAACUCUUUGGAAUUAAUGAUCGUUCAAGAUUCGGAAAGCCAUGUGAUAUAUGAAGCACUUUUAGAUAUUGUGAAGGAAGUGGGAAAUAAUAUGCCGCCGUUAGACGGUAUUUACGAGUACAAACCGUGCAUCGCGCUCUUCGAAGACCACUGGUACAGAGCAUCUAUACUAAAGUACAGUGAAACGAAAAAUCUGGUUAAAGUUCACUACGUGGACUACGGGAACAUUGGAAUAGUUCCCUUGUCUGACGUGAGGGAGAUUAGUAAAGAUUGGGUGUGUCUGCCGCCGGCGUGUAUCACGGCGCGCCUGCACGGCGUCCGCGUCAACCCAGACUUUGACCCAGACGAGGUCACCAAAGCCUACAUCGAUACGUUUCUUGACAAAGGGCCGUUCCGCGCUGCUAUUGUGGACUAUGUUGACUAUGACAACUCGGUGCCCCUCGUAGAAUUAAGGAAUACCGACGGAGAACUAGUGUAUAAGAAAUUGAUUGAAGAAAAAGUGUUAUUACAUGAUACACGCGAUGGUGCUGCUUCUGAAGAGAAUUUGACUCAGUAAUUAUAAUAAAUCUGAGGACUGGGCCAUGUUGCAUAACAAACUACAACU